AUGCUCCAGGUGGUGCCGGGCAGUGGACGGGGAUGGGAGAGGUUUCAGCUAGAGGGACGGCAAGAGGGGGGCGGCCCUGGGGGUGACCUGAGAGCCCUGACUGCCCUAGACUAUGAAAACCCUGAACAUAGACGAGGGUUUUCCUUCAGAGUCCAAGUAUCCGAUGUGACAGGUAACAGUUGGCAGGAUAGGCACCAUGUGGACAGUGCCUGGGUGAACCUUACCUUAGUGGAUGCCAACGAUAAUCCGCCCACCCUCGCCGCCCACCACGUCUAUCGUACCCUCCCUGAAGACACGCCCACGGGUACACGCUUAGCAACCUUCACCGCCUACGAUCUUGAUGGGGCAGGUGAGACCAAUAUGACCUACCUGGUGUCAGCAGCGAGUGACCCGGGUGGAAAGUUCAGGGUGGACGAGACGGGGACGGUGUGGCUCGUGGGCGGCCUGGACCGAGAGACUAAUGCCGCCCAUACUGUCCUCAUGUGGGCGGUGGACGAUGGAGUGCCGCCCAGGACAGCUACAGCUACCCUUAGUGUGAGUAACGGAGUGUUUGAGUAACGGAGCUCUGAGUGUCGUAACAAGUGGUCAGAGAAGGGAAAGUUAACGUGUAAUGGGGAGAACAUUUUUUAUGUAACUUUCUAAUAUUGUAGGAAAGAAAGGGAGAGGAAAUUAGACCGAGAGAUAAAGAAGAACCAGAUGUGAGGGAGAAUAGAAAGUUUAAUGAAAUGGAAAGUAUUUAUGGAUGUCUGAUUUUUUAUUAUUGUGGAAUAGAAAGUUUAGAGUUUGGUGAAAUAGAAAGUGUUGAUGGUUGUUUUCUGGCUUUCUUUAAUUAACGAAGAGAAAGAAAGUUUGAUGGUUGAUGAAAAAGAAAGUAAAUAUGGUUGUGUUUCCCAUAAUGAAAGAGAAAGUUAUCAAAAAUAACACGAAGAGAGUUUGGCCAAGGUGCGUGCAGACUUUCUAAUGAUGAGAAGAAAGUAAAAGAAAAUUAGUGGAAAAAAAUAAAGGAGGAAAGUUUACUCCACUGUGUAACUUUGUUUAUAUUACUGCUUUUCACCUCAUUACACACACACACACACACACACACACACACA